CAAACACGUUUGUUUCACGCUGGGUUGCUACCAAAGAUAGAGCACUACGUGUCCAGCUUCUAAAUCUUUGAAACUAGUCUAGACCAGACAAAGCGUGAGCUUGUAGCCAUCUGCAUACGGCCUCCUCUCCGAUGAGAUUGCGAGUCCGCGGAGCAGCGAAGUUACAGGAUAUGCCCAUGCGUCUGUCACACGUCUGAUCAUUUGCGGCACAUGAAUGACCAGCGACUGGACGACAAUGGAUGCCAUCUCGCCAUCAUGACCAGUGCACUUUAUUGGAUCAUGUAGAUGGAUGACCAGUCAGCUGUCCUCAUAUUGGCUGCAGAAAUACUGGUUGACUGUUGGGUUGGGCUCUAUUCAAGGUCUCUUGUAACUGGAUGUUUUUCUUUGGCCUCCGGAAACCUUGGCUUGCUCAGUACAACCGAAAUUCAACGGAAUCAAACAUUUACAUGCUGAAGACAGAAUAGGAAUUGUUUUUUUCUUUGUUUGGUGUUGGGCAAGUGAUCUUUUCUUAAUGUUACUGUGCUGGCCUGCGCUCCUUAUCUUGAUUGGCUGGGGAGGAGGACUGGGCGAGGAGCAUGCAGUGAGUGAGGCAACACAGGCGUUGCCUUUCUGUGGAUGGACAGGAGCAAAGAGCACAGUUCCAGACACGCUCAAGGACUCCUUUUCGCCAUUCUAUUUUGGUUUAAGAAGAACUGGCAUUGGUAGUGGUGGGUGACAUUUUUUGCCCCCCUUAUACAUUGAACUUUUUUCGCUUCCCUAAGCAUACCUUAUGUUUGUCAGCCCAUUCCGUUUGGUUGCCAAGGAAACUUCGGUGGGCACGACAGGGGCAGGUGGUUCCCGGGAUGUAGAGCAGAGUUGCAUGGUUCUCUAUGCCUUGUGUGCAUGUAAACAGUGAACCAUGGCCACAGGUUUGUCAUCCUGGCUGAACGGAAUGCUUGGGACUAAGAGGACCAUCCUAUCUUCCCUUCUGUUCCUGCUGUGCAGCAACACACAUGUGAUGGGUUCGGAUCUGGAUACUCUCAUAAGAUUGCGUACUGAGUAUUGGAAAAAAUGCAAUGACUCAUUAUCAACCCAGUUUCCCACACAAACUGGAAUCUUUUGCAAUGGGACAUUUGACACGUUUGUCUGUUGGCCACAUUCAGCCCCUGGAAAUGUCUCUGUCCCCUGUCCUUCCUACCUGCCCUGGAUCAAAUCAGAUAUUUCAAGAAGAGUAUACAUGGAGUGUUUGCCAAACGGUACUUGGCGGAGAGAGAAGAACUCUACCACAGUGUGGCGAGAAAAAACAGAGUGUGAAGAUCAUCACUACUACAAGUCAGCGGAGGACGAGCGAGUCCGGCACUCUCACCUGAGGACAACUUCCAUAGUGGGAUACUCGCUUUCUCUCUCUUCUCUUAUCAUUGCUGUCAUCAUUAUGGGGAAUCUGAGGAAGCUUCACUGUACGAGAAAUUACAUCCACUUGAAUCUAUUUGUGUCGUUCAUAUUGAGAGCGAUGGCAACAAUGACACACACAAUCGUGUCAACAACAAAGGCAUCCACAUUUCCCAACAAUGAAAUGGGAUGGAACACCUUUUCAAACUCAACGAUCUCUGUUAUCUGCAAGGCGUCCCGAGUGUCCAUGGAGUAUUUUGUGGGGUGUAAUUUCUUCUGGCUGUUGGUGGAGGCGAUAUUUCUCCACACACUUCUCUUCACCGCUGUGCUGACCAAGCGCAGGCUGCUGAAACGCUACAUGCUCAUUGGAUGGGGGACUCCUAUGGGCUUCAUAUUACCAUGGAUUGUGGUAAAGGCACUCAAUGAAAACAUACACUGCUGGGUGAACAAAAGCCGGCUGAUCUGGUGGAUGAUUAAGGGACCUAUAGCAGUAGCCGUAGUGGUGAUUUUUUGCAUUUUCCUGAAAAUUCUGAAACUCUUGCUGUCAAAAUUGAAAGCAGACCAGGUGAAAUUCACUGACUAUAGAUACAGCUUAGCCAGAGCAACUCUGGUCCUGAUCCCAUUAUUAGGGAUUCAUGAAGUAGUGUUCAACCUGAUCACAGAUGACUACAUGGACAUGAAGCAGCGAGACAUCCGCAACUUCAUCAACAUGAUUCUCAGCUCUUUUCAGGGUUUUGUGGUGGCUGUGCUCUACUGUUUUCUAAAUGGAGAGGUGAGGGCAGAGCUUAAGAAGAGGUGGCAGCUGUUCGCCUGCACCCAUCACCUAGAUAUGCACAACUGCGUCCAGGGCAUGCACCCCAAAUACCUGUGGAAGUGCUCCCAAAGGUCCGCGGUGGCCCAGUCGUCUGUGGACAACAGCGAGACCUACCAGGAGGGCGGCGCUAGCUGCGGUGGUGGCGGCAACAGUGGGCUGACGCACACCACGCACCUCCUGCAGGUGCCGGCGCAGUGCGGGAGGAACCCCCAGUGGGCUGGCCGGGUCACUGCCCUGGAGUUCUACCCGCGGAAGAGCCUCUCGAGCAGCGACGGCGAGAUGACGCUCGGGGAGACCAUGGAGGAGAUCCUGGAGGAGAGUGAGUUUUGAGUAGAGUGGACCCGCUCACCUAGAUCCUCUUUCAGGGAGAUCUAGUCUGGAAACCCAUGGUUUAUAACCGUUUCCCUCAGACAAGGAAAAUGUCAGGCCAAUCAGCGAUGAGAGGGGAAGACAAAAUCGAAACUUAUCGUGAUAAACAGAAGCAGCAACACCUGCAAACGUCAAAAAAUGCAGUUGGAAAAAUGCAGAAAUUUAUUUACAGCACAGGUAGACCCGCAUACAUUGUUUCCUGACUGCUGAUGCUGUUUAUUGUCAGUUUGUAAAGUAUAGGCGAAGUAGGAAGUAACGUUAGGAAUCUCUGAUCAAUGUGAUUAGUAAGGCUGGACCAAUGAUUUCAAAGUUAGCGCCAGUCGCGAUGCAAGUGUUGCAAACGUUUCCCAAUCAAGAGUACCUAGACUUAUCCAGACACUUUGUGAAUGAGUCUGGAUAUUUCCAGGCUACCGAAGCCCUCCAUAUUGCUCAUGACAGACUGAUGAUAGGAACAGCUGUAAAGAAGAGGCUUUAAAUCAAUGUAAAUCUGAAUAGUUCAUUGUGCGUAGGCAAAGUGCUGAAUAUACUGUAUGUUUAAUAUAUAAUCUACACAUAUCUAUACAGAAUACAUAAAGGGUCAUAAAUGAGAUGCACACAUGGGUAUUUCAAAAUAAAUGUCAUUCUUUGAUAGAUAUUCAUCCCUUUGAAAUGAAUCAGAGUGCCAUAGUCACAGAAACAAGAAAUGUUUUUGCUGUCCUAAAUGCUUUUUGGGAAAUCCCUUUUUGUGCAUUUCUUCUAAAGCAACUUAAUACUUACUAUGGAUUGUAUGCCAUUUUAGCAUACAAUGACUACCUAUAGACAGACAAGGAUAUUCCUAGUCUUUGACUUGUGAUUAAUGUACUGUAAAUAAUAGUAAUUCUUGAAUAAAAUCGUAUUAUAUUGCAUUGCUGCCCUGGAUGUAAAUAUAGUCAAGCAGCUAGUUCAGUGCUGUUCAUUAUUAUUACCAUAUUACAAGUUAUAGAUAACAUGGAUUCUAUAUGAAACAACCACUGACUCCUAUUCAGUGAUAAGGAUAUGGGGUUGCAACUACCAUGACUAGAAUUGGAUAGCCUGAGUGAACCAAGACAAUCCAGUUAACAAAUUUUAAUUUGCUCUGCGGGUCUGGAAAGGAGCCCAUUGAUUUCCAUUUCCAAAUCACCAAAAAACCAGGAACGUUUAUUUUCUUUGGAAUUCAGUAAACAACUGCAUUUAAAACAUUUGUUUACAAUAAUUAUAUGUUUGCUGCACUUUGAAACAAUUUGGUAACUUUAAUGCACAAAUCUAAGUUUAAUUUCACUGCUGGUUAUGCCCCAGGAAGUUACAGGCGUCAAUGUAAUCCUUUCCAGACGGACUUGCAAAAAUUUGCCAACAGGUUUGUCUGGGUUCACCCAAGAUAAAUAAUGGAGUUUGUUCAAGAAGGAAUA